AUGGCCCCCCUUAAGCUUAAUAGCAAGAAUCUGUCGCAAAUUGCGGCGGUCGGUGAAACCCGGGUCAAGGCUCCCACCUACCAGCGCGGUGGCGCCGUUAAGGAGGGAAUUGUCCACGUCGGUGUCGGCGGCUUCCACCGAGCUCAUUUGGCCGUCUAUGUCGAUCAAUUGAUGCAGAAGCAUGGUGUGACAGACUACGCAAUCUGUGGUGUUGGCUUGCAGCCCUUUGACGCCGCCAUGCGCGACGCCUUAGGAUCGCAGGACCACCUCUACACUGUCAUCGAGCGGUCGGCCAAGGGCAGCUUUGCCCAUGUUGUCGGUAGCAUCAAUUCUUAUCUGUUUGCCCCCGACGAUCGCGAGGCCGUCAUCGCGAAGAUGGCGCACCCCGAUACCCACAUUGUGUCACUCACCAUCACCGAGAGCGGCUACUACUACAACGAGAACACACACGAGUUGCAAAGUGAGCACCCUGACAUUCAGUUCGACCUCCAACCAGCCAACGAGAAGGCCCCACGCACCACGUUUGGCUUCCUCUAUGCCGCUCUGGCUCGCCGCUACCAGCAAGGACUCAAGCCCUUCACCGUCAUGUCGUGCGACAACAUGCAGAAGAAUGGCUCCAUCACUCGUCAUAUGCUCGAGUCCUUUGCUCGUCUACGCAACCCCGAGAUCGCGAAGUGGAUCGCUGAACAAGGCGCCUUCCCCAACGCCAUGGUCGACCGUAUCACCCCCCAGACAUCCGCCACCGAUAAAACGGCACUUGCGGACAACUUUAUUAUUGAGGACUCCUGGCCUGUCGUCACAGAGCCCUUUAUGCAGUGGGUCAUUGAGGACCAAUUCUCCGAUGGCCGCCCACCAUUUGAGAAGGUAGGCGCUCAGGUGGUCAAGAAUGUCCACGACGUCGAGGAGUUUGAGAAGCACAAGCUGCGCUUACUCAACGGCAGCCACUCGGCUAUUGGCUACCCUGGUCAGCUGGCCGGCUUCAAAUAUGUCCACGAGGUCAUGGAGAACCCCUUGUUCAGCAAGUUUGUUUGGCAAAUGAUGCAGGACGAGGUGAAGCCGCUGUUGCCCGAGAUUCCGGGGGUCAACAUCGAUGAGUAUUGCAAGACUCUCAUCGAGCGUUUCUCCAACCCAACCAUCAUGGACCAACUGCCCCGCAUCUGCCUCAACGCUUCCGGCAAGAUCCCGCAGUUUAUCAUGCCUUCCAUCGCGGAGGCGAUCUGGGUUACCGGCCCAUUCCGUCGCCUGUGCUUCGUCGCGGCCGCUUGGUUCCAUUACAUCAAUGGCAUCGAUGACAGCGGCAAGACGUUCGAGGUCGACGACCCCAUGCGCGAGGAGCUCCAGGCCAAGGCCCGCGCUGGAGGUACCAACCCGACCGAGCUGCUCAGCAUCAAGAGCUUGUUCGGUGACGAUUUGCGUGGCGACAAGCGAUUCCUCCAGGAGAUUACCACCGCGAUGGAGGACAUCGCUCGGGACGGCAUUCUGAAGACGCUUCCCAAGUACAUUGACUGA